AUGGCAACCGCGGAUGUCUUAGAUGAUUAUUUACCAAAGAAGGACGACGGCCUACAUUGUGAACCAUGCUUAAGUGAUGGACAAACACGGAAUUCUAAAGGAUUUUGCAUUGAGUGCAAUGAAUAUCUGUGUCAUUUAUGUCUAGAUGCGCACAGGAAACUACGUGUGUUGAAAAGCCAUCAUGUUAAAAGAGGAGAGGACAUUCCAAAAAAGAAGCCAAAUAAACAAGCUCCGUAUCCCGCUGAUAGCAACUGUCAUGUACACACUGACAGUAAAAUAACAUCGUUCUGUAAAUCACAUCAGCAAUUAUGUUGUGACCAGUGUGUGAUUCUUGGGCAUAAAGUUUGCACUGAUGUUAAGGCCAUCGCAGAUUAUUCCCAAGAAUUCGUAAACAGCGAAGACUAUAAAACGGCUUUUCAGAUGCUUAAGGGCUUACAAUCCGCAUACACCGCGAAAAAGAAAGAGGCAAACAUGAAUCUUGAGGAAGUUGAUCGUUAUUACCACAAGGCAAUGGAGACGUUUAAAUCUGAACUUGACAAAAUCAAGAUAUCAGAUAUAAGAACGUUGAAGGCGGUAGUCUCUACAUAUGACAGUGUUCUUGGUCAGCUUGGUUCCUGGCUCCAAAGUAUCGACACGUAUAAAAACAACAAUCAGGACAAUGAACUCGCCAUCUUGGUGUUGAGGUCAAUAAGAGAUGUGGAUACGAUCAAAGAUAAUAUUCAAAGGUUAUGUAGCGACGACAGUAUUGUCAGAUAUGGCUUCGUGCCAGAUAAAACAUCACUGCUUCGUCUAAUCAAAGCACCCUUUCUUGUUCAGACGAUUACUGUAAAGGAUGAAAGUGACGAAAACACAUGUCAAAUCAGAGACAUUGCGUUGUUACAAGAUAACCUGGUCUUAUUAGCGGACUACAACAAUUUAAAACUAAAGAUAUUCGAUACUGGCACUUCUACUCUUGUUUCAAACGUCAAAUUACAAUUCAAACCAUGGCAGAUGUCAGUAACAGAGCACGGUGAAGUAUACGUAGCUCUUAAUGGCCAACCUAAAAUACUCCACCUGAAGUCUCCCGCAACAGACCUCACCGAUUUCCGGGAGAUAAACAUAGACGGAAAAUGUAACGCCGUAGAAUGUUUCAACAAAACCCUGAAAGUUCAGUGUGCGGCUCCUGCCAAAACUAUAGAAGUAGAUGGAGAUGGAAGGCUCCUCAGGGUUAUUAACAACGACUUAAGUAAGGAAACCACCGAGAAUGGAGAACCGUUUGUCACUAAUCCACAAUGUUCAACACAAGAUCCAGGUACUGGGUCGAUGUACAUAUCAUGUAAUGGCAAAUUUUCAAUAACAGAAAUAACAAGUGAUGGCAAUGUAAAGUUAUUUGUGAAGUCAGACAAGCUGGUUAAUCCCUAUGGUCUGUGUAUGGGCACUGAUGGUUCAAUUAUCGUGUGUAGCAACAAUAAGAAGGACGUGGUUAGGGUCAAGAAAAACGGAGACAUCCAGAGUGUUUUACCACAACCUCUGAACUUUUACCCUUUGGCAGUUGCACUUGAUAAACGUACAGAGCGAUUGUUUAUCGGUGGAAUUUGUGAUAAUCUUUUUGAGUUCCAAAUCUAA